AAAAAUUGUUAUGUUCGUGUAAAACUCCCUUAACCAUGAAUGUAGGUUGGUACUACUGUCAUCUGAACGACAGCUGUCACAUACUUAAUACUGCGAUAGAAAAUGGAAACCAUGUGCAUAAUUCUUUAAAAUAAAGUAUUUUACAUCGAGUAUUAUUUCAUUACAAAUACUUACGUCCUUUAAGUACAAAGGACUUGACAUUUGGCGACGAGGAUAAUGGAUACAAAUAUUACAGACACUACAUCAACUACAACGCUUCCAACUACAGCCGGUACAAACACGAGUUCCUCGACUACAACUGCGAUAGUUGCACCUGCUACAGCUCCAGUAAUGUCUACACAAGUUUCUACAUUCCAGUUUUCCGUUGAACCUUUUAACCAGACAGCUACAAAAUGGUCCAGUCAAAGAGGAUUCAAGCCAGACUAUUAGAAACAAAGGGAUUGGACUUGGACCGAGCCGUAGAAAUUGCAGCAAGCAUGGAAACUUCAGAAAAGGAUAGUAAUCAAUUUUCUCACAACAAUAAUUACAAUCAGGCUAGUAUAAAUGUUUUAAAUGCGAAAGCAAAAAGUUUUCAUAAAAAUACAAACACUAGUAAAUUUAAUGAUAAUAAUACAGUAAAUAAUCAUAGUAGCUCUCCUAAUAAUACUUUUACAAUGUCAAAUAACCGUAAUAGGGCUUGUUAUAGAUGCGGAGACACCUCGCAUUUAGCCGAUAAAUGUAAUAAAAAGCAUUUAAUCUGUAACUUUUGUAAAAACGUCGGACACAUUCAAAAAGUUUGUUUAAAGGCACAACAAAAUUCACACAGGCAAGUAAAUUCAGUAAACUCUGCUCAAGAGGUCUUAGAAGUAAAUGCUGGAAAUUGCAAAGAUAAAUUUUUUAUACAUUUAAAAGUGAAUGGUAAUAUUUUAAAUUUUGAAAUUGAUUCUGGCGCUGCUGUUACAAUCAUAAAUAAAAAUAUAUUUGAAAAAUAUUUUCCUGCAUUACAAUUACAAAAAUCGGAUGUUAAAUUAACUACAUACUGCAAAAAUAAUUUGAAUGUUUUAGGUUUAGUUUCAGUGGAGGUUGAGCACCAGGAAUUAAAGCACACUCUAAAGUUGUAUGUGGUGGAUGGUGAUGGCUACUCACUGGUUGGUCGAGAGUGGAUACAUGCUCUGGAAAUCAAUUUACAUCAGGUAAAUACAAUUCUACAUGAAAAUUUUGAAAUUGCAACUUUGUUAGAUAAAUAUAAACAUUUAUUUGAAAAGUCAGUUGGUGAAAUAAAAGGGUUAGAGGCUGAAAUUUAUCUAAAACCUGGUACUAAAGCAAAAUUUUGUAAGGCCCGUCCUGUAGCUUUUGCAUUACGCCCUAAAGUUGAGGCAGAAUUAGAGUCCUUAGUAAAUCAGGGAGUCUUAAAGAAAGUAGCAUUUUCGGACUGGGCAACUCCUAUUGUUCCUGUAGUUAAACAAAAUGGGGACAUACACAUUUGUGGUGAUUUUAAAAUCACAUUAAACCCUUGCAUUGAAGUGGAUGAAUACCCUUUACCUACACCAGAUGACCUACUUUCCCAAUUAGCAGGUGGGGACAAAUAUACAAAAAUAGAUAUUACGAAAGCUUACUUACACUUGCCAAUAAAAGAUGAAAUGAAACAUUUACUUACAUUAAACACCCAUAAAGGUUUAUUUCAACCAAAUCGAUUAAUGUUUGGAAUUGCUAGUGCUCCUGCCAAAUGGCAACGUUUAAUGGAGCAAAUGCUACAAGGAAUAGAUGGUAUUUCAAUAUUUCAGGAUGAUAUAAGAAUUACAGCUCCAAAUAAUACCUUACAUUUACAAAGACUUGAACAAGUUUUAAAGAAAUUAUCUGAACAUAAUUUACAUAUAAAUUUGGAUAAAAGCGAAUUUUUCAAAGACGAGAUUGACUACUGUGGAUAUAAGAUGAGUAAAACGGGUGUGUCUACUAGUGCAGAUAAGGUAACUGCAAUUGCAAAUGCUCCAAUACCUACAAACAGAACUCAAGUUCGGAGUUUCUGUGGCCUAAUUAAUUAUUACAGACGUUUUUUAAAAGAUACUUCUACAAUUUUACAACCAUUAAAUAAUUUACUUAAAAAGAAUGUCAAUUUUAAAUGGUCGAAUACUUGUCAAACUGCGUUUGACAAAGCAAAAAAACUCAUUUGUUCUAGAAAUGUUUUAUGUCACUAUGACCCAAAUUUACCAUUAGUCCUAGCAACUGAUGCAUCACCCUAUGGGGUAGGUGCAGUACUUUCACAUAUCUUUCCAGAUGGUACAGAGAGACCCUUACAGUUUGCUUCUCAAACUCUUACUACUACACAGCAAAGGUACUCACAAAUAGACAAAGAAGCUUACAGCAUAAUUUUUGGAGUAAAAAAAUUUUACAAUUAUUUAUGUGCUAGGAAAUUUACUUUGCUCACUGAUCAUAAACCGUUAGUUCAAAUUUUUGCACCUGAUAAAAGCCUACCAGUUUUAAGUGCAACAAGAAUGCAACAUUAUGCAAUUUUCUUACAAGGUUUGAAUUAUGACAUUCGUUACAAAAAUACAGAUUCUCAUCUCAAUGCUGACGCACUUUCACGUCUACCUAUAAAAUCAGAACAAAAUUUCACACAUGAUGAGCCAGAUAUUUUUGAAAUAAAUCAAAUUGAAACUUUGCCUACAAAUAUUAGAGAUCUAGCUUUUCAUACAAAAAAUGAUCAUACCUUAAAAAAAUUACUUGUUGGGUUAAAAACAGGAAAACCUGUUGAUAAACGAUUUAGCUUCAAUAUAAAUCAAGCUGAAUUUUCAUUACAAUCUGAUGUUAUUAUGAGAGGACAAAGAGUAGUUAUACCUACUAAAUUGAGAAAUAAAAUUUUGACAGAAUUACAUACUGCACAUUUUGGAAUAGUUAGAAUGAAAUCUUUAGCUCGUAGUUAUUGCUGGUGGCCUCACAUAGACCAGGAUAUUGAGUCACUUUGUAAAAAUUGUUUAGAGUGCAAUAAGCACAAGAACAACCCAAUUAAAGAUAAUUCUCAUAUAUGGGAGCCACCAAAAUUUUGUUUUGAACGAGUGCAUGCUGAUUACGCUGGACCUUUCAAUGGAGGUUAUUAUUUUAUAUUGGUAGAUUCCUUCAGUAAAUGGCCUGAAAUUCAUUUUACAAAAAAUACUACUACAAAAACUACUAUUGAAAUUUGCCGAAAAAUUUUUACAACUUUUGGUAUUCCUAAAGUUUUUGUUACAGACAAUGGUAGACAAUUUGACUCUCAUGAGUUUAGAACUUUUAUGAAAGAUAAUGGAAUUACACAAAAAUUUACUGCACCCUACCAUCCUGCAACUAAUGGACAGGGAGAGAGAUAUGUCCAAAUACUGAAAAAAUGUUUAAGGGCUAUGCGAAGUGAGGGAAAUGACAGGGAGUUUGAAUUAUGUAAGCUACUUAUGCAAUACCGCAGAAGCCCACAUACAGUUACAGGUAAAAGUCCCUCAGAACUUAUGUUAGGAAGACAAAUAAGGAAUAGAUUAGAUUUACUUAAACCUUCAUGUAGUGAGAGAGUUACCUAUACUGAUAUGAGUCUAAGAAACUUUGAUAUAGGAACUAGGGUUUCCGUGAGGGAUUAUUUUCAUUCUAAAUGGCAAUUUGGCAUUAUUGUACUCAGAUUAGGGUUAUUGCAUUAUUUAAUUCAGUUAGAUGAUGGUAGAACAUGGAAACGUCAUGUAGACCAAAUACGGCAAAUUGGGGAAUAUACUCCAUCUCAAAAUAAUCCAACAUGUUACAUUCCGGAUACCAUUACUCACAAUUUGAUUCCGAGGGAGGCAUCAAUUCCAGAGCACAGUGUCUCACCACCACCUACCGAAGUGAUUACUGAUGAAUCCGAAAUUUCAAACAAUAUGGAAAGUUCGAAUAGUGUACCUGGGGCUCAAACUGAAACUGAGGAACCCAUUUUAAGGCGUUCCACUAGAGUAAGGAAACCUGUUACCAGACUGAAUUUGUAAGUACUUUUACUUCUAGUUAACUUUUGUAAUUCAUGGUCAAGGGAGGAGGUGUUAUGUUCGUGUAAAACUCCCUUAACCAUGAAUGUAGGUUGGUACUACUGUCAUCUGAACGACAGCUGUCACAUACUUAAUACUGCGAUAGAAAAUGGAAACCAUGUGCAUAAUUCUUUAAAAUAAAGUAUUUUACAUCGA